AUGACAUUCCUUCUACCUCUCCUUCUCCUCUUCUUCGCCCCUCAUAUACACCCUACCGUUGCUGUCUCUUCCUCGUCCGACAACUUCAAGCUCGCCACUUACUCUCCUGGCGAUGCCGUUCCCAUAUCCUGUCUCAAUCGCACUCUUGAGUCCGGCGAACACGUAACCGAUGAACAUGGAAUCCUUCAAUACGUCCCUUUCCUUGCUUGUGCCGAAACCGGUCGCCCUCUCGAACUUAAAUAUCUCUCCGAGGACCCCUUGAAUUGCACCAUUAAAUCAAUUUCCGACGAUACCUUUCAUCUUUGGGAGUUUUAUAUCCACAAUGACUCCCCUCUGUCAUGUCGCGUCCCCGCCCGUCCCCAGUCCGGCGACAGGCAUAUCACCGGCGACGUUGGUGUCGAGGAUGGCGAGUGGAUUCCCUUUGUCAUAUCCCUCACCGGCAAACUUGACCUCACCCACCUCCACGUUUCCACCACGAUAAACGUAAUAUUCCACACCGGUAUCUUCUCUCAAGACUCCACCGAAAUCCUCUACCCGGGCACCAUAGACUCUGCCACCGCCUACUCCGUCUCUCCAAACAUCGAUUCAACCCGUAUCAUCAUCGGCGAUGACCUACCCCUCCGCUUCAAUAUCAGAUGGUACACAGGCACCGACCUCCCCUUAUCCGACUCAGCUAUCAACGAUUGGGGCAAAAACAGAUGUUACGGUGAACAUGUUACCUUAUCCACACUCAUGUACUGCAUUUUAACCGCCAUAUGUACUUCUAUCGCCUGCACCGCCUGGUUCCUGGGUUUCGAGUUCCCUAAACGCCUACGAAGGGUCAGGGUUGGAAGUGUAGCCGGUAGCGGUUAUGCCAUAGGUUCUAACAACGGCGGUGGUGGUGGGAAGGGUACUUAUUCUCCAGCUGCCAAUGGUGUAUCUGGGCCUGGUGGAGGCUGGUAUACUAAGAAGGAUUGA